ACCUGUGCCAUCUGCCCACACUGAGCAGUGUCGGUACCGUGCUGCUGCCUGGUUAACGGGCUGACCGCUGACGGCAGGCGCCUGUCUCAGAUAAACCACAUCUAUGUCGUAAGAGCUGAACAAUAUCCCCAUCAUCAUCAUCCUCAAAAUGCCUCCUGCUGCUCCUCUUAUAAGUGGUAUUCAGAAGCUAAUACUGUAUGAGACAAGAGCGAGAUAUUUUAUCGUUGGGAGUAAUCAUGCGGAAACGAAAUACAGGGUUUUUAAAAUUGAUCGGACUGAGCCAAAGGAUUUGGUUAUCAUUGAUGAUAAGCAUGUAUAUACUCAACAAGAAGUGCGGGAGCUCCUUGGUCGUCUUGAUCUUGGAAACCGGACAAAAAUGGGACAGAAAGGGUCAUCUGGAUUAUCUCGAGCAGUGUCUGCUUUUGGCAUUGUAGGUUUUGUUCAGUUUUUAGAAGGCUAUUACAUUGUACUAAUCACUAAAAGAAGAAAAAUGGCUGACAUUGGAGGCCAUGCAAUAUACAAAAUAGAAGAUACCAGCAUGAUCUAUAUUCCAAACGAUUCUGUACGAGUUACACACCCAGAUGAAGCCAGGUAUUUAAGAAUAUUCCAGAAUGUAGACCUAUCCAGCAAUUUCUACUUCAGCUACAGUUAUGAUUUAAGCCAUUCGCUCCAGUACAAUCUUACAAUUCUAAGGACACCCACAGAGAUGAAGUCUGAGAUGACAAUGCAGACUCGUCAGGAAGGUUUUGAUAUAUUUGAAGAUGAGGCAUUAAGUAGCCAUGGAGGAAGUGGUAUAUUUGGAAUAUGCAGCGAUCCAUACAUGAAGUACGUGUGGAAUGGCAGUCUCUUAGAGUGUGUAAAAAACAUUGUUCAUCACGACUGGUUACUUCAUAUAAUUCAUGGAUUUUGUGGACAAUCAAAACUGCUUAUUUAUGGUCGACCAGUCUAUGUAACGCUGAUGGCCAGAAGAUCAAGCAAAUUUGCUGGGACUCGUUUUCUAAAGAGGGGAGCAAAUUGUGAGGGAGAUGUUGCCAAUGAAGUAGAGACAGAGCAAAUAGUGCAUGAUGCCUCUGUGAUGUCCUUUACUGCAGGAAGCUAUUCCUCAUAUGUACAGGUCCGUGGCUCUGUGCCAUUGUAUUGGUCUCAAGAUAUCUCCACUAUGAUGCCAAAGCCACCAAUUACAUUGGACCAAGCUGAUCCAUAUGCACAUGCAGCUGCUUCUCACUUUGACCAAAUGCUUCAGAGAUUUGGAUCACCCAUUAUCAUUCUGAAUCUAGUAAAGGAACGUGAAAAGCGAAAACACGAGAGGAUUCUAAGUGAUGAGCUGUUCGCUGCUGUUACGUAUUUGAAUCAAUUUAUCCCACCCGAGCAUAGUAUUAUUUACAUUCCAUGGGAUAUGGCUAAGUAUACCAAAAGCAAACUGUGCAAUGUACUGGAUAGACUCAAUGUAAUUGCUGAGAAUGUUGUGAAGAAAACCGGUUUCUUCGUUAACCGACCAGACUCCUAUUGCAGUGUUUUAAGGCCUGAUGAAAAGUGGCAUGAGCUGGGAGGUGUGGUUGGACCAUCUGGCCGUUUGCAGACUGGCGUUCUUCGAACAAACUGUGUUGAUUGCUUAGACCGAACCAAUACUGCACAGUUCAUGGUUGGGAAAUGUGCUUUGGCGUAUCAGCUGUACUCUUUAGGACUGAUCGAUAAACCUAAUUUGCAAUUUGACACAGAUGCAGUUAGAUUAUUUGAAGAGCUAUAUGAGGAUCAUGGUGACACAUUGUCUCUACAAUAUGGUGGCUCCCAGCUUGUUCACAGAGUGAAAACGUACAGGAAAAUUGCACCGUGGACCCAGCAUUCUAAAGAUAUCAUGCAGACCCUCUCUAGAUACUACAGUAAUGCCUUUUCAGAUGCAGACAGGCAAGAUGCAAUCAAUCUCUUUCUGGGGGUGUUCAAGCCAGCUGAAGGCAAAUCUCAUCUUUGGGAGCUACCCACUGACUUUUAUUUGCAUCAUAAAAAUACAAUGAAACUCCUUUACUCAAAGAAAAGUUAUACAUUUUGGUGGACUCCAGGGGUCCUGGAGCAUUUACCAUUGCCACUUGAUGAAGUACCCAGUGCUGAAAACAGAAAGAAGAUGGUAAUAAAGAAGCUUAAAAAAUGUGAUGAAGAGAUCAAUAUUUACAAUGAGUUCUUCCGACCUUAUGAAUUGAUCAGCUUUGAUGACACUUUCUGUUUGUCUAUGACAAAUUCAGCUAGAGACUUUAUGCCAAAAAAUGUUGGCAUUGAUCCAAGCCCAUUUACUGUACGUAAACCAGAGGAAACAGGAAAGUCCGUUCUAGGCAAUAAGACAAAUCGAGAAGAGACUGUAUUGCAACGUAAAACUGCUGCAAGUGCACCUCCUCCCCCAAGUGAGGAAGCUGUGUCCAGCAGUUCUGAUGAUGACUCUGGGACAGAUAAAGAGGAGGAGGGAACUGUGUCCCAGCGCUCUACACCUGUCAAAAUUACAGAUGUGGGCGACAAUUCCAAAACAGCAGAGGUGAGCAGACAACCUCUCAGUCAACAAAAGAAACAUAUGGUAUUAAUCUCUCAGAUGCUCCUUCAGAAGUUGAUCUACAGAUGUAUACAAGGUUUGUGCAUUUGGGUCUCUGCCAACAUAGACAAGAAAAGAGAGGCCAAAAAACGAGUCAGUGGCCCAUGGACACAAUUUCAAAAUUGGGCUGUAUCUCUUCCUUCUCACAGGACAACAUAUAUGAAGUCAUACCUCCCAAGGUUCACAGGAAGUCAGUGGAUAUAUUUCACGCUCACAUCCAAGCCGGCAGAGGAACCAUGCAGCCAUUGGGGAAAGACGAUGUGCUAACAUACAGAGAAUACAUAAGAAAUCGAUACAUGUAGAGGUUUGUUACAAUUGAAAGAUUGUAUGGUUACCGAGUCAUUAGCAAGAAAAUCAUUUUAUUAACAGAAAAAAAGUCCCAUGUUGAAUGUUAUCCUGCAAAAUAAAUAUCUCUUGAAUAAUUAAA